UAUGGUGGAAAGCUUCAAAUCAGUUUAUUUCAAGUGACCUUACGGCAUAUAUAAAAGUUUUGUGUGAAACUAGAUUAAUAAAAUCAAUCGAUGAAUACUUUUUUUAAGUAGGGGGUUGCAUUAAAUCUAAAAAAAAUUGACUUUGUUCUUGUUGUGGAAACAGUAUCAAAAGACCAGUACUAACCAGUAUCAGAAGACCUGAGGUGAUGAGGGAAGUCCAAAAUGCAAAUGCAAAUUUGCCCAUGAAUAUUCCAUCAAGGAACCGGGCAAAAAUGAGACCUUAAUUCGUACCUGCAAAUACGAAAUUGCCAAGAACAUUCCAUUAAGGAACACGGGCAAACUUUUCACAUAUUAUUGAGUGCUGCCCGAUUCAAGUUUAAGCUUAAUGAUAAGAGACCUUCUUUUUAUAGCCGAGUCCGAACGGCAAUCCGCAGUUAGGAAUGGAUAACCACCGCUGAAAUUUUUUACUGAUGUUCUCGCCAGUAUUUGAACCCGAGCGUUUAGCGUCAUAGGCGGACAUGCUAACCUCUGCGCUACGUACAUAGAAUACGGAAAAUGACCAAAACCAGACAGAUUUUUUAUAAACUUUUCAAACAAUGAAUCCAGAAUUCUAGAAGAACCGAUCUGAUUUCUUUUAUUUGCUGACUUGUUAGCCAUAUUAGAAUAUAAACCCGACAAGAAACUAUGACAGCUCAAUGUUCCCAACAUCAUUUUUUCGCAACUGCUCGUUAUUUGUUACCAGGUUGUAUUAACCAACAAUCCCAACAAUCCCUUAUACUCGGAGUCCAGCUUGGACCAGUUUGGAGAAAGCAGAUGUGAGACCUCGGACUAUAUCCAGAGGUUAUACACGAAUAAGAGGAACAGGAAAAGUGGAGAACCAGAGCGGGAGAAGAAAACUCAAGCACUUAACUUCGCCUGAGCUUAUCGCACCUUACGUCGAAAUCCCAUCCCAUUCCGUUCGCAAGAUCACCCAGAUCACAGUAGAACCGCCUCUACAGAAAGGAAAGCCUGUGUCCUUGCAGACCCGGACACGAGCAGAGAAACCCCUAAUAAGCCCCAAUUUGAAUUCCAUGCUCAGAAGUAAUCCGAUAGCAACUACAUCGACCACUCCCUAGUCAAUCUCAUGGCAGCCGGUUGUACGUACUGGAUUGAUCCGAUAGUGUCCUUCAUUUGUAAGGGCUGCUACCUCUGUGUGCGUAUAACAUGACGUGCCGUGUGAUGUCAGUCUUAUACAUUCCAAAUUUUGUACAAAAAACUUAGCAGACAUAACCUGUCAUCGGUUUUCAUCAUGACGAUUGGUUUGAUAUUACUCUUCUUUUUCUCAUGUGUUCAAAGUAAAUUUCACUCCGCCUAAUUGAAUUGAAAUACAAGUUUAUGCCAAAAAAGUUACACUUCAAAUAGCUGUGUGCACCAUAUAAACUGGAACUUUAAGGUCCGAUCUGUGUGGUGUGCUUUGCUGUCACGAGAAGUUUAGCUGCGAGAUACUGGGCGCACCCACAGGUUGCGGAUAGUGGAAUGCUCCAUCCGGAGUAGCUGUAACAGCAGUCGCUGGCAAUCAGCGGUAUCGUGCGGAGAGUCUCAGUGAGAGGUCGGGUGGCACCGGCAAAUACUGAGAGCCUAUGAUGCUCGACAGGAUAAGGCGAGUUAUUGGCGCCUUUAAAUAACCAACGGCCACUCUGUUCCUGCGGUGAUCGGUCCUUUGGACCUGAACGAGCUUGCUCACCUACAGGAGCUUGACGAGGAUCAACACCUCCACAUUAAAAUGUAGUUACAACAACAGCAAACUCGGUGGAAGUCCGUCUCUCCCUGUGUUCAAAGCAACGUCAAAGACGUCAAGUCAGGACUUCUAUAAGCAGUCCAAGACUGCUCUCUCAGUCUCUGGAAUGCGUUCUCCCUACCAAAAAAAAUUCGAACUGGUUAGGGUCAACUGAUAUCGUAGCGUGAUCUUCCUGGUCAGCUUCGUUCCCGUCCACCAGUUGAUGACCCGUGACCCAGUGCCUGACAGUUUUUACUAUUGUUCGAAGAAGCUCCUUUCAUCCCGGGAAAGGCGAAAAAACUUCAGCCCGUCAUAAAGGAAGGACUUUUGUGGAAAAUCUUUAACAUACAUCGCAUUGAAUACUUUGUUUUAAACAAUUGAAGAUAAAUUAACAACAUGAGUACAGAUGAAGAGCUAAGCGUAGAAGAUUGUCAAGAGGAGGAUACUAUGACCAUAUUAAAAGCAAAAGGCCACCCAUUUCCAGAGUUGAAGGAGGCCGACGCCAUGUUCACCAUGGACACUGCUCCGAACUGGACGGAUGGCAAGAAAUGUCAUCGUUGUCGCGAUGAGUUCACAUUUACCAAUCGCAAACAUCACUGUCGCAAUUGCGGCCAAGUUUUUUGUGGACAAUGUACAAGUAAAUCAUGUCCUUUGCCCAAAUUUGGCAUUGAGAAGAUUGUUCGUGUUUGUGAUGGUUGCUAUGCUCAAAUUCAACGCCCUACAUCGGCUAAGACUGCUGCACGCUCGGCGGAAAGUGAUUUGCCCGCUGAAUAUCUGAACAGUUCAUUGGCCCAGCAGGUGCAGGUGAGUACAGAUACACCCCCCCGCAAAACGGAACAAGAAUUGAAGGAAGAAGAAGAAUUGCAAUUGGCUUUGGCUUUGAGUCAAUCGGAGGCCGAAAGUAAAAAACAACAGCAGCAACAACAACAGCAGACUACAGCUGCCUAUCGCAUGCAACAACGUUCGCCCAGUCCCGAAGCCCCACCAGCACCUAAAGAGCCCCAGCCCGAAGAAACCAAUCCAGAUUUGGCCAAAUAUUUAAAUCGAAGCUACUGGGAACAACGGAAAGUUAAUGAUUCACCAUUGGCCAGCCCAUCGGCUCCCAGUCCUAUGCCACCAACACCACAACCACAGGCGGGUCAGCAACAGCUACCCUUAAAUGUUAACGAUUUUCGCCCAAAAUCAACGGAUGAGCAGAAGAUCGAUGAAUUUGCCGCCAAUAUGCGUACCCAGGUUGAGAUCUUUGUAAAUCGCAUGAAGUCAAAUUCAAGUCGUGGUCGCAGUAUCGCUAAUGACAGUUCAGUGCAAACACUCUUCAUGACCUUGACCGGUUUGCAUUCACAACAGUUGUCGUUUAUCAAAGAGCUGGACGAUAAACGCAUGUGGUACGAACAAUUACAGGAUAAAUUGGCUCAAAUCAAAGAUUCUCGAGCUGCUCUAGAUGACUUAAGACACGAACACUCAGAAAACCUCAGACGCAUGGCAGAGGAGCAAGAACGCCAACGGCAGAUACAAAUGGCUCAAAAGUUAGAAAUAAUGCGAAAAAAGAAACAGGAAUAUUUGCAAUAUCAGCGCCAGUUGGCAUUGCAUAGACUACAGGAGCAGGAGCGAGAAAUGCAGUUGCGCCAAGAACAGCAGAUGGCCCAAUAUCGCAUGAGUCAAACCACAUUUCCCUUCAUGCAGCCCAUGCCAGGGGCACCGGGAGGUCUUGGUUACAAUCCAUACAACCCCAAUGCCACCACAACGGACACAGGAGCAAUCGGAGGCAUGCCCUCCUACCACUCGCAUACAACAACACAAGCUGAUAUGGCUCAGGUGAUGCCAGGAAUGUACUCGCAUCCAGCAGGUGGCAUGCCGCCAAACGGGCCCCAGAACUUGCCAACCAAUGGCCCUCAGAGUUUGCCACAACCAAGUAAUAUGAUGAUGCAACAACAACCAUCAAUGAAUCAACCUCAAAUGCAAAACCAUUUGCCGCCCGGCAUGAUGCAGCAUCACCAAUCACCCCAUCAUCCGGGAGCGUUGGGCGGAGAACCACAGCAGCCACAACAGUCCCAAUUAACACAGAACCACCAGACUCAGGCCAACAACAAUAUACCCGUGACAAAUAAUCAAGGACCGGUAGGUGUAUCAUCACUACCGCAGCAUCAACCACAGCAGCCACAUCAGCAGCCACAUCUGGCACAUGUUAUGUUGCAGCAACAACAACAUCUUAUGCAUGCCCAUUCGCCUAUACCAAACGUUGGUAAUUUACCACCGACACAAACCACCAUGGCAAAUGUAUCCUCGCCCCAGCUGCAAGUGCACCAACAGCAGCAACAACAACAUCAGGCUCCACUCCAAGCUCAAGCCCAACCCCCACCGCAGCCCAUGCCAUCAAUGCAUUUACCCCAACAACAACAACAGGCUGCUGCAACACAAAUUCAAGCUGUUCAAUCGGCCCCAGCUCCACCUCAACACGAACCCGAACCAAUAGCGCCACCCGUUGAGGAACCAGCGACUGCCGAAUUGAUAUGUUUCGAUUGAGGUGGAAAGCGGCGUAGAGUGAUCCUCUUAAGGACUACAGUUAAGAAAAUGUUUUAGAGAAUGUUUGUUUCGGUCAUAGGCUUCGCAUUCCCUUAUUAAGUCAUAUUAUUAUCAUUACUACAAUUACACAUACGAAUAUGGAUACUAUUACCACUACAACUACUACUGUAUUAUUAUUAUGAUUUAUGAUGAUGAUAACGAUGAUUGCUACCAUUAUGGUCAUUGUUAUAAUUAUUAUUUAUAUUAUUUGAAGAAAGAUUGACGACGAACGUUUUGAAUGGAACUAUAUAGGUUCAAAAACUAAUUGUUUUAUUAAAUAAAAUUUCUAUUAUUAAAAAAUGA